AUGGCAAACUCACAAACAACCACAGAGCGACAUUCGCUCUUCCACCGCAGCAAGAUCUUGCUCGUCAGCGCCUUCAGCACUGCUGCAUCUACUUCACCUCGCGGAGCUAUCAAGGGCAAGACACCGCUUUCCACUAUUCAAGCCGAAAUAGAGCAGCGUGCACCGCGCUACAGCAAGGACGAUGAAUACGAAGCCGUCACCACGCUCAAGCUCGAAAGGGGCACGCAAGGCGAGGUCCUUGUCAAGAAGUCUCUGAGGUCUGGAAACGUAUUCGUUGUCAAGCAUACCAAAUACAACCGAGCCACAGUGGACAAUCGAACAAUCCUCGAUGGUGACCGCAACCACAAAGUCCCCACGGAGGCCGUUAUCGUCAAGGAUCUACUGAAACCGCACCCCAACGUCGUUGUCGUGCACGACUUCUUCAUGAACAAGAACGCCCCAGGACGAUACUUCAUCUACAUGGAUGCCUGCAACGGAGGAGAUCUUCACGAACAAAUUUGCCACUGGCAUCUUCGCAAACAGAUCGUACCAAAGGUCUUCCUCUAUCACUUGAUAGUGCAAGUCUCUGACGUGUUCGCAUUUCUGCAUCACGGCCUUCGUCACUCCACAGGCUCCUGCUACACUCAAGACGAAGACCACGAAGCCGUCGUUCAUGGGGAUAUCAAGCUCGAAAACUUCUUUCUAAACUGGUCGUCUCGAAACAUCGGUGGCUUGCCAGACAUUGUCAUCGGUGACUUUGGCCACGCCAAACUCCUCUCUGAUCCAGAACCUCGUGUUGAUUGUGGGACGGAGGGUUGGAACUCACCCACAGUGACGGCGCGCUACAAGAAGUGCGUGGUUAAGGAGCUCGACUUCCGCCUGACCAGAUCCGAAAAGCUCAAAAUCUACUACGACAUCGGAAAACAACGAAACCUCAGUGACGACGUCUACUCCCUUGGCCUCGUUUUUGCAACAGCCGCAAACGACGCUCCUACUCGCGUGUACCCUUCUUGGCCAGUCGGUCAGGACGAGGAAGUUUUGUCGUUGUCAAGAGAGAAUUACCUGCGAGAUAUCGUGUACGGCUGUUUGCGAGUGGAUCCGGAGAAGAGAGUCUCGAUGAGUUUCGGCGAGAAGGGAAUUCUUGGCGAGGUGAAUCGCAUGAGAAGCGCGAGAGAUCGACUGCUCGCUCAAGGGGUGAAGAUCGAUCCAACAGACUGGUUUCGUAUUCCUACUCCUACCAGUACGGCAAGCACGAAGUGA